AUGAGCAAGCCUCGGCCCCGGCGCAAGUCUAGCAGUCUUGGAGGAGAGCCACGGGGUGAUACGGGAGUCGGUGCUCUCGCGACCUUGACCUCCUUGCCGCAGCGUACACCGACACCUACACAAGAGAAGCCUACACGAACAUCGAAGCGUCGCAAAGCACGCAGCCUCCUCAAGCGCUAUGUACGCGUCUCCCUUCGACACACCUGGCUGAACCCGUUGAUCCUCAUGCUCCUGGUCCUGGGUCUCUACGCCGUCAAUCCCUCCACCUCGAACCCCUUCUACAACUGCAUCUUCCUCGCCUACCCUCUGGACACCCCGGCCGGCGAGCCUACGCAAUAUGGCAAGGGCAAGGCCGAUUUCGCAUUCGUCGCUUUCUACACCAUCGUCCUCAGCUUCACUCGCGAGUUCCUCAUGCAACGCAUGAUCCGCCCUCUAGCCAUCCGCCUCGGCAUCCAGCGCAAAGCAAAACAAGCACGUUUCAUGGAGCAAUUCUACACUGCCAUUUACUUUGCCAUUUUCGGUCCCUUUGGCUUGUACGUCAUGCGCCGCUCGCCAGUGUGGUAUUUCAACACGACAGCCAUGUUCGAAGGAUUCCCUCACCGCAGUCAUGAAGCUGUGUUUAAAGCUUACUAUCUGUUGCAAGCGAGUUACUGGGCUCAACAGGCUAUUGUAUUGUUGUUGAUGCUGGAGAAGCCGAGAAAGGAUUUCAAAGAGCUGGUUCUGCAUCAUGUGGUUACGCUCGCUUUGAUCUGGCUGAGCUACCGUUUCCACUUUACAUAUAUGGGAAUUGCCGUUUACAUCACCAUGGACAUUUCCGACUUCUUCCUCGCUACAUCAAAAGUCCUCAACUACCUCAACUCCCCCGUUACAGGCCCUUACUUCGGCCUCUUCAUCGGCGUCUGGUUCUACCUCCGCCACUACCUAAACCUACACAUCCUCUGGGCCGUCCUGACCACCUUCCGCACCGUGGGCCCCUUCGAACUCAACUGGGAAACCCAACAGUACAAAUGCUGGAUCUCGCAGAUAAUAACAUUUUCCCUGCUUUUCGCCCUGCAAGCCGUCAACGUCUUUUGGUUUGUGCUUAUUUUGAGAAUCGCGUGGAGGUUUGUCAGGAGCAGUGUUGCCAAAGACGAGAGGAGUGAGGAUGAAGAGGAGGAUGAGGAUGUGGUGGAAGAGCAGGAGAAGGAGAGGAUGAGAGCUAGUAUCCCUAGUGUUGAACUCAAUGGUGAGAAAUUGGUCGGAGCCACUGGUAGGGAUGCUACGCCUGAGGGGUUGAAGAGGAGAGCAUAA